AAAUGAGCUAUAUAAUAAACAUAAUAUUUUAUUUUUAUUCUUAUAUGAUUAUAUCUAUAAUUUUAGUCAAAUUAUAAAAUAUUUAUUAUAGGCUGGAAUUGUGCGAUUGGCUUUCUCUUAUUUCAUAAACUUGAAAUCAUGGGAUUUUUUAUAUACUAUAUUAAUUUCUCUUUAUGUUAACUUUUUUCACAGCUAGUUUGUAUAACUCAUCAAAUCAUAAAAAAUAUUAUUUUAGUAAUUUACUGUGAAAUUUAUUGGAAUUUUUCAAAUGAUUAUGUAUUCAAAAAUGUUCUAAAUAGUACUGGAUUCUAAUUAGAUAUGGAAAAUGUUGAUUGAAUAAAACCAAAUAAUAAUCUCGUAAGUAUGAUUAACAAAUAUAGAAUAUAAUAACACUGAAUUUUAGAGUUUUGGAGAGUCCCAUCUUGCUAAUGAGAUGAUGAAAUUGUGAUGGAAAGAUCGGCUUAGUCAAUUCAACCAAUUGAUGUUCAGUAUUAAUAUGUAAAGUUUGGUUCCGCUGUUGCUCAUUGUAGAGUCAUUAAUUAAAUAACUGUACAUUUUUGUUUGAUUUGAAUUUUAUUAAAAUCUAUGAGACAACAAUGAUCUCUUGUUCAUUAAAAGAAUCAAUACUAGAAAAUUGUACAUCGCAUGUUUUCAUAUUUUUCCAAAUCACCAAAUGACAUAACAAUAAAAUGAAAUAACAAGAAUGCAGUUCAAACAACAGUUAGCAAAUCCUAUUCAUGUCAAGCCAGACAAAAAUCACAAACAGAAACAACAAAUAUACUAUAUAUAGAGGCAAAAACUCAUUAUAUAAACGCCUCCCUCUCCAUCACCAAUCUACACAUCUCAUACAACAAAUACAAGUCCUAGAGUUUUGUUUUGAACAGAAAAAAACUUGUAAGAGGAAAAUGGCAGGAAAGGUGUAUAUGGUCAUGGCAUUGAUAAUGAUGGGAUUUGUUUUACAAGCAUGCAAUGGAAUGAAUGUUGAUGUUGAUGAUGGUGAUGAUAUCAAGCCAACAGAAGAUUCAAGAUUCUUUUGCUUCAGAGUCUGUUCCAUUAGAUGUGGCAAACAAAACAAGCCUUGUUACCAAAAAUGUUUGCCAAAAUGUGGUCUCCCACGACGACUUGCUAAACCAACAACAUCUCCAUCAUCACCUUCCUCCACCGUUUGAUCUUAUUUCUUUUAUCUGUGAUUUUUGCCUCUAAUAUUUAUCGAGCUAACUGGUAAAGAUAUCUUCUGUGUGUUUAUCAAAAGAAAAAAAAAAUUGAGAAUUAUUAUAAACUAUGAUUAUG